AUGAAAUAUUCGAAUCCUAAGAAAUUGUCAAUUCAUUUAGAUUUCGCAGCAUUCAAAGCUGAAUUAUAGAAUUCUUUACCUUCAUCAACUAAAAAAAUAAGUACCUAACCAAAUAGUCCAAAUGGAAUUACCAAGAAUAUCAAAAGUUAAUAACCUUUGAUACUAGUAUAAAGCUCCCAUUCAAAUUAAAAUUUAUUGUCUCCAUAAAAGAAGAAGUAAACAGAUUUAGAAAGUACUUUCAGCAGAUUUCCUCUUCUAGUUGAUUAAUUUGUUAAGUUAUACAAUUUAAGCAAAAGUGAGAUAAAUGAAUUGACUGGAUUUAAAUAAGUAACAAUACUUGAAAUAUUAGGUCUAUUAUUAUAAACCAUAGAAAAUAUCAUCAGAAGGACCAAAUGGUGAUUAUCUAGCUAAUACAAAAGAUCACGUUAGAUAUCAAUAUGAAAUAAUAAAGUAAAUAGGAUAGGGUAGUUUUGGAUAAGUAUAUGAAGUAUUAGAUCAUAAGACAAAAAAUACAUUUGCUUUAAAAAUAAUAAGAAAUUAGGACAAUUUAAAAAAGUAAGCAACAGUUGAAACAAAUAUAUUGUUAACAAUUUAAGAGAAAGAUCCAAUGAACAUAUAAGCUAUAGUUAAAUUAUAAGAUCAUUUUAUAUUUAGAGGACAUUAAUGCUUAGUUUUUGAGAAAUUAGAUUGCACUUUAUUUGAUAUGUUGAAAUACCAAUUAUUCAGAGGUUUUGAUUAUGAAACUUUAAAGAAAAUUACCUAUCAAAUAGUUAAAGGUUUAAAUUUUCUAAGGUAGUGCAAUAUUGUUCAUUGUGAUUUAAAACCAGAAAAUAUAAUGAUUAGCGACAUUCAAUAAAAAGUAGUUAAAAUAGUAGAUUUUGGAACUGGGUGUUUUGAAGGUAAUUAAUUUUAUACUUAUAUUUAAAGUAGGUAUAGCUUUUACAAUAUAUUAGAUAUUAUCGAGCUCCUGAAAUAUUUUUUGGUUUAAAAUAUGCUUAUGAAAUAGAUAUGUGGAGUUUAGCAUGUAUUAUUGCUGAACUUCACACUGGAANUCAAUAAAUAUGAACUUGAAUUAAUGUACAAUCAAUAUAAAAUUAAAUCUCAUAAUAAUUUUAACAGAAGUGUUGAAUUAAUGAAAUAUUCGAAUCCUAAGAAAUUGUCAAUUCAUUUAGAUUUCGCAGCAUUCAAAGCUGAAUUAUAGAAUUCUUUACCUUCAUCAACUAAAAAAAUAAGUACCUAACCAAAUAGUCCAAAUGGAAUUACCAAGAAUAUCAAAAGUUAAUAACCUUUGAUACUAGUAUAAAGCUCCCAUUCAAAUUAAAAUUUAUUGUCUCCAUAAAAGAAGAAGUAAACAGAUUUAGAAAGUACUUUCAGCAGAUUUCCUCUUCUAGUUGAUUAAUUUGUUAAGUUAUACAAUUUAAGCAAAAGUGAGAUAAAUGAAUUGACUGGAUUUAAAUAAGUAACAAUACUUGAAAUAUUAGGUCUAUUAUUAUAAACCAUAGAAAAUAUCAUCAGAAGGACCAAAUGGUGAUUAUCUAGCUAAUACAAAAGAUCACGUUAGAUAUCAAUAUGAAAUAAUAAAGUAAAUAGGAUAGGGUAGUUUUGGAUAAGUAUAUGAAGUAUUAGAUCAUAAGACAAAAAAUACAUUUGCUUUAAAAAUAAUAAGAAAUUAGGACAAUUUAAAAAAGUAAGCAACAGUUGAAACAAAUAUAUUGUUAACAAUUUAAGAGAAAGAUCCAAUGAACAUAUAAGCUAUAGUUAAAUUAUAAGAUCAUUUUAUAUUUAGAGGACAUUAAUGCUUAGUUUUUGAGAAAUUAGAUUGCACUUUAUUUGAUAUGUUGAAAUACCAAUUAUUCAGAGGUUUUGAUUAUGAAACUUUAAAGAAAAUUACCUAUCAAAUAGUUAAAGGUUUAAAUUUUCUAAGGUAGUGCAAUAUUGUUCAUUGUGAUUUAAAACCAGAAAAUAUAAUGAUUAGCGACAUUCAAUAAAAAGUAGUUAAAAUAGUAGAUUUUGGAACUGGGUGUUUUGAAGGUAAUUAAUUUUAUACUUAUAUUUAAAGUAGGUAUAGCUUUUACAAUAUAUUAGAUAUUAUCGAGCUCCUGAAAUAUUUUUUGGUUUAAAAUAUGCUUAUGAAAUAGAUAUGUGGAGUUUAGCAUGUAUUAUUGCUGAACUUCACACUGGAAAGCCGUUGUUUCCAGGAGAAAAUGAAGUUGAACAAUUUAAUUUAAUUAUGGAAUUAAUUGGUAUACCUAAACCUGAGUUUGCAUUGAAAUGUCCAAGAAAAAAGAUGUUCUUUGAUGAUUCAGGAAAUCCUAAGAAAACAAUAAAAUUAUAUAGAAAACCUAAAUCUAUUAAUUUAAAUGAAUUACUUAAGACAACAGAAGAAGAAUUGGUUGAUUUCAUCUAAAAGUGUUUAGUUUGGGAACCAGAACUAAGAAUGAAACCUAAUGAAGCAAUCUAACAUCCUUGGAUAAAAAGUUUGACAUUAAAAGAAAAAAAUAAAGUAGUCCCUAUUCGAAAUUAUAAAGAGAACUAAAUAAAUAAAUUGACACAAUAAUAAUUUUAGGAAUCCUUUGAUAAGAAAAUCAUAGGAAAUAUAGAGAAAACCAAAGCUUUUAUAGCUCAUAAUAAAAAUAAUAGUUAACCCACUAUUUUAAAUAGUGCUAGAAAUCAAGAUUUAUCUAGUUUUAGACAGAGAUAAUAGAUGGUUUAAUCUAUCCAUUAAAUUCUUAGAUAAACCUAAUCUAAAAAGAGUUCAUUUAUUAGGAAACCGUCUAUUGAAUGA